AUGGAAUGUUAUGCUGACUUCUUCAGAGAAGACUUUGAUGUGAAAGCUUACACCUCCCAGUCUAUCCAUCAGGCUGUGAUAGCUGAGCAACUAGCAAAACUUGCCCAAGGUAUUAGUCAGUUGGAUAAAGAGCUUCAUUUACAAGUUGUUGCAAGACAUGAAGACCUGUUGGCCCAAGCAACUGGAAUUGAAUCCCUGGAAGGUGUCCUCCAAAUGAUGCAGACUAGGAUUGGUGCUCUACAGAGUACUGUUGAUAGAAUUAGAGUGAAAAUUGUUGACCCCUACAACAAAAUAGUGUCUCGCACAGCUCAGCUAGCAAAACUUCAAGCUGCCUGUGACUUGCUGCGGAGGAUAAUACGCAUCUUGUAUCUCAGUAAGAGACUUCAAGGACAACUGCAAGGAGGAAGCAGAGAGAUAACAAAAGCUGCCCAGAGUCUCAAUGAACUUGAUUACCUUUCUCAAGGGAUAGAUCUGUCUGGAAUAGAAGUAAUUGAAAAUGACCUGCUUUUUAUUGCAAGAGCCCGGCUUGAAGUGGAAAAUCAGGCUAAGAGGUUGCUUGAGCAAGGUGUGGAGACUCAGAAUCCUACUCAAGUGGGAACUGCUCUUCAGGUUUUCCAUAACCUUGGGACUUUGAAGGAUACCAUUGCUAAUGUGGUGGACGGAUACUGCACAGUCCUGGAGGAGAACAUAAAAAAUGCUUUGGAUAUCAAAGUAUUGACCCAACCAUCUCAAACUCUUACAAGAGGUGGCCCUGGUAGAGCUGCUAUGCCAACACCUGGAAACACAGCAGCUUUUCGAGCAGCCCUCUGGACAAACAUGGAGAAACUCAUGGAUCAGAUCUGCGCUGCCUGUGGACAGGUGCAGCAUUUGCAGAAAGUAUUGACAAAGAAAAGAGAUCCUGUGUCACAUGUCUGCUUCAUAGAGGAAAUAGUAAAGGAUGGCCAGGCUGAUAUUUUGUACAAAUUUUGGACUGCAGUAACUCAGACACUCUCCUCCCAGUUUCAGUCAGCAACAGACUCCUCUAUGUUUUUGAAACAAGCUUUUGAAGGAGAAUACCCUAAACUACUGAGGCUUUAUAACGACUUGUGGAAGCGUCUGCAGCAAUAUAGUCAAAAUAUUCAGAGGAAUUUUAACAUAAGUGGAACUACUGAUCUCUUUGCUGAACUACAACAAAUGGAAGAAGAUACACAGGACAUAUUCAUGCAAAAAAACCAAGAUUAUGAUCCAGAAAAGGCCUUGAAAGAUUCACUGCAACAAUAUGAAGCUGCUUAUUUAUCAAAAUCCUUAUCUCGACUCUUUGACCCCAUCAAUCUUGUCUUCCCUCCUGGAGGUCGGAAUCCUCCUUCUUCUGAUGAGCUUGACAGCAUCAUUAAAACUAUAGCCAGUGAGCUAAAUGUGGCUGCUGUUGAUCCAGACCUGAGUUUAGCUGUGGCAAAAAAUGUGGCAAAGACCAUUCAGCUCUAUGGUGUAAAGUCUGAGCAGCUUCUCUCUACUCAAGGAGAUGCCAGCCAGGUGAUCGGACCGCUCACGGAGGGACAGAGGAGGAACGUGGCUGUAGUUAAUUCGCUGUACAAACUGCACCAAUCAGUUCUGAAGGUCAUUACCAAUCAGAGCUCAUUUCCAGCAGCUGCUGAGCAAACAGUCACAACUGCCUUAAAGGCAGUCCAUGAUCUAAUGGGUAGUGCUGUUCAACCAUUACUGAACUCUGUAGGAGAUUCAGUGGAAGCUAUUAUCAUCACUAUGCACCAGGAAGAUUUUUCUGGAUCAUUAUCCAGCUCAGGAAAACCAGAUGUCCCUUGUUCUCUGUACAUGAAAGAACUACAGGGUUUUAUAGCAAGAGUCAUGAGCGACUACUUCAGACAUUUUGAGUGUUUUGACUUUGUCUUUGAUAACACCGAAGCCAUGGCUCAAAGAGCAAUUGAACUUUUUAUUCGCAAUGCCAGUCUAAUAAGGCCCCUUGGCGAAGGUGGAAAGAUGAGGCUUGCGGCAGAUUUUGCACAGAUGGAGUUAGCAGUAGCACCCCUGUGUCGGCGAGUCUCUGACCUAGGAAAAUCUUACAGACAGCUGAGGUCAUUCAGACCACUGCUGUUCCAGACCAGUGAGCAUAUUGCCAGUAGCCCAGCUCUGGGAGAGGUUAUUCCAUUCAGCAUUAUUCUUCAGUUCUUAUUUACAAGAGCACCGCCAGAGUUAAAAUCACCCUUCCAGAGGGCUGAGUGGUCCAUUGCCCGCUACUCCCAGUGGCUUGAUGAUCAUCCAUCUGAAAAAGACAGGCUUGCUCUCAUACGCGGUGCACUGGAAGCUUACGUUCAAUCAGUCAGAGCAAGAGAGGGGAAGGAGUUUGCGCCUGUCUACCCCAUCAUGGUUCAGCUGCUGCAGAAAGCGAUGGCGACCCCUCAGUGAAGGGCUUUGGCCAACUCUCGCCACAGGGAACAGCCAGCGGUAACACAGCCACGGGGCGUCAGUGCCAGACACAUCACAUGGAUGACACCCCAAUGCCCAAGCUUUACAAUGACAUGUGUUUACCUACUUCAUCUAUGAAACUUCUGUCUUCUUGCUUUACAUUUGCAUUAUAGGAACUUGUAUAGCCAUAUUAUAAAGAAAUCGUACAGAUUUUGUAUGCUGCAAACCCACAUCUAAUAAAAAUGAAUUGUUCUUUAGUGUUCCUUUUGAAUUUAGAAAGGUAGAACAUACUCAAGUAUUAGCGUAUAAUUGCUGAGUAUCUCAAAUGAGGAAGUAGCUCUUUUCCUACCAGUAUUGUUUUGAACAGUUGGACACAUUUUAGCUCUAUUCAGAAAAUCCUACUUUUGAAAUGCUAGAAUCAUCAGUUUCCAUCUAAAAAUCACUAAUUUUAACACAGGGAGAAAUAUUUAUAAAUAACAUAGAUGAGUCUCUCUCGCACCGCUCUCCACUUUGAAUGAUUUACAUUGAUUUCAAUCUCUUUUUGUUUAAACUGCAAUAAAGCACAUCACUGGCUACUCCUUGCCCAUUGCUGUCUGUAAAAUUCUUCAGCAGCUUCCUCCCCAGGAAACCAUGCAGAACAUGCAUUAAUGAUUAGUCAUCUUCAUUUUAUAAAAUAGGCAACACCAAAUUUUAAUGAAUUUAUUUGAAAUAAUAUACAAGAAUAUAGUGUGCAAAAAUCUUAGGGGCAACAUCAUGUAGACACGUGUCAUGAACUGAAAUUUACAGUUGUGAUUCUUAAAAAAAAAA